AACAUGUCCAAGCGAAGGCGGCUUCGGCGCGGCACCGCCGCCGAUUCGAAUGACGACGACGUUGACCUGACGGAAGAUGAGCCGGAGCCUAGCAUACAUGCCACGGAGUGUACGAUCUGCUGCGAGAAGUGUGUGACCAGUGGGGAGCAUCGUCUGGCGAGUCUCGCGUGCGGCCACUUGUUUGGCCAAAGUUGCAUCGAGCGAUGGGUUAAACAGAGCAAGACCUGUCCCGUGUGCAGCCAGGCGGUGAAGCGAAACGACGUGCGCGUGCUCUUCACCGACUCGGUCUCUGUCGUGGACAACAGUCGGCAGGAAGAAUUCAACCAGAAGUACCUGGCCGAAAAGGCUGCGCGCUCCGCCAUCGAAAUGGAGGUGGCCAAGCUCAAACUCCAGCAUGCCGCGCUCCAACUGGAAUACGACAAGCACAAAAACCGUGUCAUGGAGCUGCUGGAAGAGAACUCGAUGCUCAAGUCCAUGGCGCUGCCGCCGCCGCCCCCCUCGUCCUCCCAGAGUGCUGCCCGACCUGCGACAUGGGCAUAUGCCAAGUUCGCAUCCAUUGUGUGCUCGGACUCGCGUGUCUGCGCCAUCUCCCUGCGCGGCGACCUGCUCGGCGUGGGAACCAAACUCGGCCCAGACUCCCAUGGACUCUUGCAGGUGAGUCUCUUGGACAUUCAACAUCGCGCGUCGAUUCCGCUGCAUCGACUGGCCAUCCGCGACGUCGCUGUGAGUGCCGACAGCAAAUACGUGGCCACGACCGCCAUGGACGGCAAACUGCACAUUACAAGUACAAUGGCCCAACGCUCCAUCUUGCACUUUGACAUGCCAGGCCGCCACGGUUGGUCGUGCUGCUGGGACGCGUCCAACGCGCAUCAGAUUUGGGUCGGCCACCAGAACGGCACGCUGUCGCGCUUCGACAUGCGCAAACCAGGCGCUGAAGUGGCAGAUUCGUUGACCCAUCACUUUAAACAACCUGUCCACGCCGUGCGGUCGUUGGUGUUGGAGCCGAUGCACACGCCGGUCGUGGUCGCCGCCACGUUCAGCGGGGUCUCGAUCUGGGCCGCAGCCGAAUCGGCCCAGUCUUUGGUUCACCACAUGCAUAUGGACAUCAAGCACUGCUGCGCCAUGGCAAACAACCCCCAAACGCCCAGUCAGCUGGUCGUGUCCACGCGAACCACGACGACGACGACGGCAACCAGCACAUCCUCCUCUUAUUCGACGACGACGACGAGUCCUGCGCAGCAUUUCGUCGUGUCGUUGCGUCACAACCCUGACGACGGGCUCGUGGAAACCGAAGCCGACGGCGUGUUGCAGGGCCACGUGACCCCCAGCGCCAUCACGCGAGCCGCGAUAUGGUCCAGCGGCGGCGGCGACGUCGUUGUGGGAUCGGGGGAUGUGGGGGCCCAUGAAUUGAAGCUAUGGGAUGUUGCCACGUCAUCCGUGGUGCGCCAUAUCGAUGCCCCUCAACCCAUCGUGGACGUCCAGCAUGGCUGGGCAGGGCCGACGAUGGGGGUUUUAGCUACGUUGGCCAACGACGAGUUGGUCUUGUACAGAACCACCCAAGCCUAGAUACCAGUGAUGAUAUCGUCGUAGAUCUACGUUUAUUUAACAAGUGCAGUGUAUUACUAUGAAUACUGUACGUAAUGAUGGCAAACAAUAUAUCGG